CAAAAUGAGUUGGCAACGCACUGCUUAAAAUUGCAACUCUGCAACACACGCCAAAAAUAUUUUUUGCGGCUUGAUUAAUUUUUUCGAGAUUAUACGUUUAGUUUUUUCUGAAGAAACGCUAAAAUAUGUCGAAAGCACAUCCCCCAGAACUUAAAAAGUACAUGGAUAAACGCAUGUUGCUUAAGCUGAACGGUGGCCGUUCCGUAGCUGGUAUACUGCGUGGAUUUGAUCCUUUCAUGAAUGUGGUGCUCGACGAGACAGUGGAAGAGUGCAAAGACAGUACCCGCAACAACAUUGGUAUGGUUGUUAUUCGUGGCAACAGCAUUGUUAUGGUCGAGGCCCUGGACCGGGUCUAGAGCGACUUUUGGGCACUACAAAGCAGAUUAAUUAGAAUAAGUUAUACCCUAUAUGGUAUGUGUAUUUUUGAUAUCAUAAAAUAAAACUAUUUCAGCUAAGAAACAUA